AUGGCUAAGGUUGUGUUUGCCAAGCUCCGCUCUCAAUUUGAUAGGUGCUACUUCUUGAAAAAUUUCACGGAAAAGUAUGAAAAGCAUGGAUCGGAACAUGUACGUGACAAACUCUUUCAAGAACUAUCAAAGGAUAAAUCUCUUGAAUGGCUCAGUUGUAGAAAGGUUUUGAUUGUACUUGAUGAUGUUAGCAACACAAAACAGUUAGAUGAGUUGACAAGUGAAGCUCCUCGUUUGGGAACUGGUAGUAAAGUCAUCAUAACAAGUAGAGAUAAGCAUGUGCUCAAUGGAAGAGUUGAGAAAAUACAUGAGGCCGAGGCAUUGAGCUACAACAAUUCACUUGAGCUCUUCAGCCUCAAAGCCUUCCACAAAGAUGGUUAUGAAAGUGAAUAUGAACAACUAGUUAAAAGAGCACUUGCUUAUGCCAAAGGCAUCCCACUGGCCUUAACCGUUUUGGGUUCAUUCCUUUAUUCCAGAACUGUAGAAGAAUGGGAAAGCGCAUUGAGGAAAUUAGAAAGGACACCCCAUCCAGAUAUUCAAGCUGUGUUAAAAUUAAGCUACGAUGGACUUGAUGAUGAAGAGGAGGAGAUAUUUUUAGACAUUGCUUGCUUUUUUAAAGGUAAACCUAGACAAUAUGUAGAAGCAAUGCUAAAGAGCUUUGGCUUUCACACAAGCAUUGGUUUGGGAAUUCUUGUGGAUAGGGCGUUGAUAAGUCUUAGUCAUGAUGUGGUAUGGAUGCAUGAUUUAAUUCAAUCAAUGGCUUUUGAAAUUGUUCGCAAAGAGUGUAAGAAUCCUGGAGGGCGUAGUCGACUAUGGAAUUCCGAUGAGAUCGUCGACGUUCUAAAACAUAAUCUAGGAAGUGAUGCAAUUCAAGGCAUAAGUUUAGAUUUGUCUCAAAUUGAAGAAUUACAAUUGAGUGCUGAUUCCUUUGGAAAGAUAACAAAUUUAAGGCUUUUGAAACUCUAUUCAUUUGACCCUAGAAGAUCGUGUGUUGUGAAUCUUCCUUCAGGGCUUGAAUCAUUUCCCAAUUUGUUACGGGCUCUUGAGUGGGGCAAUUUUCCUUUAAAGUCUUUACCAUUGUCAUUCUGUGCUGAGAAGCUAGUUGAACUUCGCAUGCCCCGUAGCCGCCUUCAAAAACUAUGGGAUGGCAAGCAGGACUUGGUGAAUUUAAGGAAUAUAAACCUUCAGAAAUCCAAAAAAUUGAUAGAGUUGCCAGAUUUGUCAACAGCUAAAACACUUGAAUGGGUUUGUCUUAAAUGCUGUAAAAGUUUAUGUUAUCUUCAUCCAUCCAUUUUGUCUCUGCCGAGAUUGAAGGAUGUGGAUCUUCGGCUUUGCAAAAACCUAAAGAGUUUGAAAACAGAGAGUCAAUCAAAAUCGCUCUUGCGACUAAAUGUGGCUAAUUGCUAUGGUCUCAAGGAAUUUUCAUUCUCUUCGGACAAACUUACUUAUUUAGAUUUAUGGACCUCAACAGUCGAGAAUAUAGACUUUUCAAUGGGGCAUAUGGACAACCUUCGGCGUCUCUCUCUUAAUGGUUUGAAAUUAAAGAAUCUUCCAAUUAACGACAUUUGUUGCAUGAGAUCUCUUGACGACCUUUGUCUUGAAAGUUGCACGGGAAUGAUUGACAAAUCAAAGCUCCAUAGCUUAUUUGAUGCUUUGCGAUAUCUGGUAUCACUUUCUUUGGAAGAGUCAUUCACAUUAACGGAACUUCCAGACAAUAUCAAGCAUCUCUCGAGGCUACAAUAUCUUGAUGUAAGCCGUUGCAGAUACCUUCAAUCUUUACCGGAGCUUCCUCCAUCCAUUGCAAAAUUAUAUGCCUACGGCUGCACAUCAUUAAAGACGCUACAAUUCCUUCAAUCUCCAUUGUUGGCAGAUGAAAUAACGUUGGGUUCAGCACUCCGUUCCUCAGCUAGUUAUCUCCAAAAUCUUCGACAUCUUUUUCUUGGUGGUUGUAAACAGUUGUGUGAACUCCCUGAAAGCAUCGGCUCCUUAUCUUCAUUGUCUUCACUGGAUUUGAGUGGAAGUAUUGUAGCGAGCUUGCCUGCUAGUAUCAAGUAUCUCUCAAAUCUAAAAGAAAUACGCUUGACCAAUUGUACAAGACUUCGUUCUCUGCCAGAACUGCCGCCAUCCACAGAAACCGUCCUCGCCGGUGGUUGCAUAUCAUUGGAGAUUGUACCCAUUUCAAUACCUUUUGCACCACAAUUGAAGUCGCUACUUCUGAGAGGUUGCUUGAAAUUGGAGAACUGCUCUCUGUCUCAUGUGACGGAAAGUACUUAUUUCUUAAUGAAGCGAUUGGUGUACACAAACCAAGGCGGUGCUGUCUGUUACCCUGGAAUAAAAGUUCCAAAGUGGUUUGGAUCUAAUGAGAGAACAGAGGCUUCCAACUGUAUAACUAUUGAGUCUCCUUCAGCCACAAACGACCUAAUCGGCUUCAUCUUUUGCUGUAUUCUUUCUCGGCAUUCCUAUGACGAUGACGUGCAUUGCCAAAUUGAUUAUGAUGGUAAGCGGUUCGCAUACUCAAAGUUUGGUUCUUAUGCGAAAAAAUUUUGUGAUGAUGAAAAUUCGGAAUCACGUCAUGUUUUUUUGUGGUGUCAUCCUGACCGAUUCAUAUACUUCCGCAAAGCAACGGACAACCAAAGCACCAAUUACAGGCCAAAGGUGUCAUUUGAAUUCUCUGUCGCCAAAUUUGGAGGGAAGCUCGUUGAUUGUGUGAUUGAAGCAUGUGGAGUCUGCCCAAUAUAUGCCUCGAAAUAUCACGACUUCAUUCAACAAAUGGGACGGGAGCCAAACUUGGGUACCCAAAAAGAGUCCUGUCAUUAUGAUGAUGAGAAUUCAUUUCAUGAAAUGCUCCAAUAUGUUAGAUUCUCAUUAAAGCAAGGGGAAUGUGGCAAUUUUGAAGGAAGUACUAUUCCAGAGUGGUUUACGUACAAAAGGUCAAUGGCAGAAUAUGGAAAAUUGUCUAAAGGGAUCAAUGUCGCUCAACAUGUAGAUGCUAUUGUUCGGAAGGGGGAGUAA